CAGUUUUCCACUCAAUGCAUGGUAGCAUUGAAGCUUUUGUGUCCGUUCAGGCCGCCAUACACUCGUCUGUGUUUGCAGUUUACAGCACGAAGACGAAGAGACCGACAGUCCUCUUAACCAGGUUCAGGAUGGCAUCAACAGUGAUCUCAGUGCCCACCACGGCGUCACGCUUCGCUCUGCUGCAGGUCGACUCGGAUUCGGACACUGAUUCGGAUGCAGGAAAGACAAAGGCAGGUCGUGGAGCAGGGAAGCCUCGCUCGGGGAAAUCUCCCAGCGGGAAGACCAACCAAAAUACAGACAAAAAGAAAGAGAAGAGAAGACGAAAGAAGGAACAGCAGCAGAGUGAAGCCAAUGAGCUCAGGAGUCUUGCUUUUAAGAAGAUCCCUCAGAAGUGUACGGCACCUCCCUCCCUCACGCUGCAGGAUUUAGCGAAUGAUCUGAUCAGCCCGGCAGCUGUCCAGCGUGGCGCCAAGCCCCAGGAGAACUGGCAGGAGUGGAAACAGAGAGAUGAACAGCUGACCAGUGACCUGUAUGAGGCAGAUCUGGAGAAGGCCUUGAUGCUGAGUAAAUUGGAAUUUGAGGAACAUAAAAAGGAUCCUGAAAAAACAGAGACUGCGUCACCGAAGACAAAGGCGGGAGGAAAGAAGGACAGGAAGAAGAAUCAGCAGGGGAAGGACAAACGAGUCACUGUAUCUCUCAAAGACUUCCAGCAUGAGGAUCAGCAGAGUAAGAAGCCUGACAAAGAGCCUGUGAAUCCUGCACUGCGUGAUGAGAAGUUUUUUAACCAGCUAGAGGAUGAUGUGAGCAAGAUCGUCCAACGUGACAAACGCAGAGAGCAGUACAGCAACAGCGCCGGUCACGAGGUCAACAGCUCCUCAGAGCAGGAGCAGGAUGUGAGAACUGAGCAGUUAAAAUAUGAACUGGAAAAGAAAGACCUGGAAAUUGGAAAGUUGAAAAAGACAAUUUCACAAUGGGAGGAAAGAUACAAGGAAGUGAAGGCCAGAAACGGUCAGCUGCUUAAAAUGCUUCAACAGGGGGAGAUGAAGGACAAAGCUGAAAUCCUGCUGCAGGUGGAGGAGCUCAUGAACAUUAAAGAGGAGUUGUCCUCGCAGGUGACACAGUUACACACAGCCCUGGAGCAAGAGAGGUCAAAAGUGAAGGGCUUACAGUCAGAGCAACCGAAACAUCAGGGGAACCGGAAGGGUAAAAAAGCAUCAGAAGGGGAUGUAUGAAGAGGCAUGUUAAAGGACAGCUUGAAUGUUCCACCUCCUUUUGUCAAGCUGCUAAUUUCUUUUAAUAUCUGUUCAAAAACACCACAUACACUCUUAACCAAACUUCCACCAUCAUACAGGCAUUUUGUAUUCCUGCUUAUUGCUGCAUAGUUCUGUUAGCCUGGUCACAGUAGCUUAUGAUAGCAACAGAAGAUGAUCUUCUCAUGUGUUCUUCACUGUAGAAUAAAUCUACUUCUGUGCACUAACAAAGAAAGGCAUACACUCUUGAAUUCUUUUGAAUAAAGAUGUUCAUCUUA